AUGCUAUAUGUUAGUACGUUUUUACGCCUGAAUGUAUUAUUAUUAAUAAUAAUAUUAUGUUGUUGUUGUGGUGGCCAUGAUGGUUAUGAUGAUGGUGAUAAUGGGGCUGGUGGCGGUGAUGGUGAGAUUUUUGAUAAUGGUUAUGGUGGUGGUAGUAGUGAGUGUUAUGUUUGUUAUGGUGGUGGGGAUAUUGGCGAUAAUGGUUAUGGUGGUGUUGGUAGUGGUGGUAGUUAUGAUGGUGGCGGUAAUGAUUAUGGUGGUGGUUGCGUUAGAGGUGAGUUUUAUGGUGGCGUUGGUGGUUGUGAUGAUGAUGUUGGUUAUGGUGGUAGUGGUGGUGACAAUGGCUGUGGUGGUGAUAUUGGUGUUAAUGGUUAUUGUCUUGUUGGUGGUGGCAGUGAUGGCUGUGUUGGUGAUGGUUCUGAUGGUGGUUGUGGUGAUAUUGGUAAUAAUGUUUAUGGUGGUGUUGGUGAUGACUAUGAUGGUGGUGGUAAUGUUGAUGGCUAUGAUGGUGAUGAAGGUGGUGGUGAUAUUGGUGAUAAUGGUUAUAGUGAUGUUGGUGGUGUUGAUGGUUAUGAUGGUGGUGGUGGUGGUAAUAUUGGUGAUAAUGGUUAUAGUGAUGUUGGUGGUGUUGAUGGUUAUGAUGGUGGUGAUAUUGGUGAUAAUGUUUAUGGUGGUGUUGGUAGUGGUGAUGUUCAUGAUGGUGGUGAUGGUUAUGGUGGUGGUGAUAGUGCUGAUGAUGAUUGUGGGGGUGGCAGUGCUGUUUUUGUUAUUAUCAUUCCUUCUUUCAUAAACAUAUGCUCAUUUUUUUAUUAG